AUGGAGGCCUCCGAGGUGAGGGCGAAGCGACGGAAGACCAACACAGAGGAUGGGACGCAAACGCCUCCAGAGCAUAGCAGGUAUCAGGCCCACGAAGAGCCUGCGAAGGGAUGGAUGGAUCUCAGCAACUUCCCGCGAGUAGACAACGAUCGCGAAGCAGACGAACAGAGUCAGAUGGACUAUUUGCUCUUGCUGCUCGGGGACUCCAACUUGCCAACGGGUGAGUUUUGAGGACGUAGAAGGAGCACAAUUCCCCCCCUCAGAUACAGCCCGAAUUUCUAACAUUCCCAAUCUGUCGUGAAUGGCAGGCGGAUUUGUAGCUUCGUCGGGUCUAGAAUCAUUCGCUGCGCACGGGCUCCUCAGGGCCUUUGGAACAAUGGACUCCAGACCUUUGGUCUCUAGCUUCGGCCACGCCUCGGGCCUCCGUGAUGCACCACUUUCUAACAGUGGUCAACUGCUAGUGUACUUGGCUUCUUCGCUCGACUCUUACGCCAGCACUUCAUUGCCCUACCUGUGCGACGCGCAUGGACUUGCCGCAGGGCAUCUCUCGAGCGCGUCAGGCAAGUCCAAGGACGUGAUGAGGCCUCGCUGCGAUGACGCCUCGGCUGCAAUGAUUGGCUUGAGAAAGCUCGACGAAUCGCUCGAGGCUGGCUUACUGUCCAACGUCGCAAGACGAGCAAGCACGACACAAGGCGUCGCACUCUUGACCCUUCAUUCGAAAGCAUUUGCAAAGCCGAUCGCUCUGACCAAGGGCCAUCCUGCGACGACGCAAGCAGAGUCGAGACCCACGAGCCGAAUACGAGCAGAAGGGAUCCUCGAUCUAUAUCGAAGUGCGAUCAGAAGAGGUGAAAGUGAGGGCCAUCUGCCAAUCUGCUGGGGUGUCUUUUGCGCAGCACUCGGCAUACAGAAAGGUGAUUAGAUGCCAUCGCACCGCUCUUUGCGUGUCUAAUCUGGCUGGUAGCUGAUGUGACUGCGCGUGCCGCAUCUGUAUUUGUCCCGCAGAUGCCUCGGUCAGGACGCACAUGUUUUUGCAAGCGAGAGCAAUCGUCUCUGCUGCCAUUCGAAUGAACGUCAUAGGCACAUACGCAGCUCACAGCCUCUUGCAUUUUCAACUCAGAUCAGUACUGACUUCUAUCGUCGACAAGUACGCAGGAAAUCCCAGCGUGGGUCUAGACGAUGACGUAGAUCCAGAGGAAUGUGGACAUCCUACCGCUUCGAGUCAAUGUCGCACUCUCCCCGCCUUUCCUGGCUCAUCAAGAGCCUACAUGCAUGGCGUGUCAAACCAUGCUACCGCUCUGUCCGAAGCUGUGAGGGAUGACGACCUGAGCCAAGGCUGGGCGUGGGACUGGGAAGAGGAAGGUGCUUGGCAUAUACAGGAAGAUGAAGGGUCUCACGACGCGGGCCAGACGGGCGCCUCCGCUCCAGCUGUCACUUGGCCACUGGGCGAGAUCCUGCAAGGUCGGCACGACGUAUUGCACUCGAGAAUGUUCAACAGUUGA